UUCCGUUGUUGUUUUGUUUUGGGUGCCGGGCGUGUGUGGACCUGUAGUGAUUAUGGUGAUUGGCUUCUUUUUUCCUAUAAAUACAAACAACCAACCAACCAACCAACCCUCUCAACCCACACCGGCCGUGUUUGCAAAUCACCCCCAAAAUUAAGUAGUAACAUAAACAUGCCUAAAAGAGCCUCUCCAAAUCUUCUCCUUUUAUGCUUAUUCUCCCUCCUAGCUUAUGGUUUCCUUCAACUGAGCUGCUGCUACUGCAGUAGUAGUAGUAGUAGUAGUACUACUACUACUACCAGAGAAGUAGUAGUAGUAAAAAGAUCAGAAGAUGAGAAUCAUAAUAAUAAGAUCAAAGGAAUGUUUGUGUUUGGAAGCUCUUUGGUUGACAAUGGGAACAACAACUUCCUCCAAGUAUCAAUGGCUAAGGCUGAUUACUCUCCAUAUGGGAUAGACUUCCCUCUGGGCCCUUCUGGUAGAUUUACUAAUGGCAAGAAUGUAAUUGACCUUCUUGGUGACAAGCUUAAGCUUGGUUACUAUAUUCCACCUUUUACUAAUCCUUCCACUAAGGGGACUAAGGUUGUUCAUGGUGUCAACUAUGCUUCUGGUGGUUCUGGCAUUCUUGAUGAUACUGGCUCUCUUGCUGGCCAAGUGAUCAGUUUAAGCCAACAGAUGAGAAAUUUCGAGGAAGUGACGUUGCCUGAUUUGAAUGCACAGCUGGGUUGCAGCAGCAGAGAAUCACUGCCCAAUUAUCUGUUUGUGGUGGGAAGUGGAGGGAACGACUACUCAUUCAACUACUUUCUGAGAAAAUCCAGCAGCAGCAGCAGCAGCAAUUACACCUCUAUUGAAGCUUUCACUUCGAAUCUUAUCACUAAACUCUCUGGUCAACUAAAGAGAUUGUAUGAUAUGGGAGGCCGAAAGUUUGUGCUGAUGUCACUGAACCCAAUUGGUUGCACCCCAAUGGCUAAAGCAAUGCACCUGAGGGAGAAGAAUAACAAGGGUUGUAACCAAAAACUGAACCAAGCUGCUCACCUCUUCAACACCCAUUUGAAGUCAUUGGUAGAUGUCAUCAAGCCACGAAUGCCCGCUUCCAACCUUGUUUAUGUCAAUUCAUACAAAGUCAUCAGGGACAUCAUCAGAAAUCCUAGUUUCACAGGUUUUAGUGAUUCUAGCAAUCCAUGUUGUGAAGUGGCAACAACUGGGGUUUUGUGCAAGAGAGGAGGCUCAACCUGUACAAAUAGAACCCAUAAUGUGUUCUUUGAUGGGUUGCAUCCAACUGAAGCAGUGAAUGAACUCAUAGCAAGAAAUGCUUAUGCUUCCAAUCUGGAAAAUGAAGUUUAUCCAAUUAAUAUUAAAGAGCUUGUUAGAAUGUAGAUGAUGUACGUGGGUGGAGGACCAAGAACAUUGGAAUAUGCAAGUUAAGUGUGUGUAUGUUAUUAAUUAACAAUAUAUAUUUCUUAGAUCUGUUAAGGUUUGUCAAUGUAUUUUCUUUGUUAGAACUCUCUCCGGACAUCGAUCAAUGUUAUUACUGUCUUGAUGGUUUGGCUUCUUUAACAAAUUAAUUAAUUAACCUUGUGUA